AGUCAGUUCUCUCAUCGCUUGCGGUGUUGUCGUGAAAUAUUAUUGGUAUUACGGUACCUAUUACAUAGCAAAGUUAUGGCUCAGGACGUGAGCUCGUACGAUAUCGCUCGGAAUGAGAAAUUUGGACGAUAUCUGAUCGCAAAUAAAGAUAUGGAGGCCGGGGAGUUAAUUUUCACGGAUAAGCCUUUCGCUUUUGGGCCGAAACCAGACAGCCCACCGCUGUGCCUGGGUUGUUACUGCCCUGUGCAGGGCACGCUUUGUUCUCGCUGUGGAUGGCCGAUCUGUGGCGCGGAAUGCGAAGCCGCACCGGCUCACGCGGCGGAAUGCUCAGUAUUCGCGGCUGCUAAAGUGCGCUUCCAACCACCAGAUGACUGGACCACCUGUUCACCACAGCUGGAUUGCAUCACACCCUUAAGAAUGCUGCUAGCAAAAGAAAGGGACCCCGAGCGUUGGAAACGUGAGCUGGAGCCAAUGGAAACACACACAGCGGCGCGACAGGAGCGGCCAGCGUGGGCCGCCGACGAGGUCAACGUGGUGACCUUCCUCACCGACCACUGCCGGCUCGGCGCGCGUUUCGACAAGGAGCUGGUGCAGCGCGUCUGCGGCAUCCUCGAGGUGAACGCAGUGGAGAUUCCAUCUCGCGGUGGAUUCAGCAUCCGUGCCGUGUACCCACAGCUCGCCAUCGCGGCACACAGCUGUGUGCCCAACAUAGUGCACACUAUACUCCAGAAUGAUUAUGAGGUCCAGGUGCGAGCCGCAGUGGGCAUCCCAUCGGGCGCUGCACUACACCUAUGCUACACGCACGUGUUGUCCCCGACGCCCACGCGCCGCGACUACCUGCUGGAGUCCAAAUUCUUCGCCUGCGACUGUCCCCGCUGCGCUGACCCUACGGAGCUUGGCUCGCAUCUCAGCACUCUCAAGUGCAGCAAGUGUGAUAAUGGCGUCAUACUGUGCAAUAACCCCUUAGAUAAUGAAUCACCUUGGCAGUGUACCGGCAAGAACUGCGGCUUCCAGACCUCGAGCGCGGCGAUGAAGAAGAUGCUGGCCGUGGUGCAGGCCGAGGUCGACCAGCUGGACGCGUUGGAGGGCACGCAGGCUAUCGAGAUGCGAGAGGCUACGCUUAAGAAGUACAAGUCAGUAUUCCACCCACGACACGGCGUCCUGUUAUCCCUGAAGCACGCUCUGGCCACGCUGUACGGGCGCGUGGAGGGCUACGCCAUCGACGAGCUGCCGGACCUGCUGCUCGAGCGCAAGGCGGAGCUGUGCCGGCUCGUGCUCGACACGUUGCAGAUAGUAGCGCCCGGGGAGACCAGGAUGCGCGGUAUGAUGCUAUACGAGCUCCACGCCCCAGUGAUGUUCCUCGCGCGUAGCGAGUUCAGCGCCGGCCUCAUCCACCAGGAAAAGCUCAAGGAGCGGCUGCAGGAGCCCAUCCGGCUACUCGCAGAGGCGUCCAAGAUCCUCAGAAGGGAGGACCCGCAGAGCCCCGAGGGCAUCACGGGCGAGAUCGCGAGGCAAUCCAUGGAACAACUCCAAGCUAGCAUUGAGGCGUUGUAA